AUGUUUAAAUCAUUUAUUAGACUAAACAGUCGAGUAAACACUAGACUAUUUAGUUCCAAUUCCAAACCGAGUAUUCAAAAAUCAAAUUCUAUUCGUAAUGUUCUUCUUGGUAUUACUGGUGGUUCUAUUACGAGGUUACAAGAAUUAGAACUGCCGAAAUAUAGUUCUGAUGCUGAAAUAAUUAUUGCCAUUGAAGAAAUUAAACAAUUAAUACCGGAAGUUACUAUUACUAAUAAAGAUGUUGAAAUUUUACAUCAUACUAAAAAUGAUUUCACUCCUCAUUUACCAUUAGAUCAUGAAAAACCUCAAUUCAUCAUAUAUAGUUAUACUACUGAACAAGUGUCCCAGAUUUUGAAAAUCUUAAAUAAAUAUAAUGUCCCAGUAGUACCUUUCAGUGGAGGAACAUCAUUAGAAGGACAUUUUUUUUCAACUCGUCAAGGAGUUAUAUUAAACACAUCAAGAAUGAAUAAAAUCCUUGAUGUUCAUGAUGAAGAUUUGGAUUGUGUGGUUCAAGCCGGGGUCAAUUGGCAAGAAUUGAAUCAAUAUUUAGAACCUAAAGGAUUAAUGAUUGGAGCUGAUUGUGGUCAUGGUGGAUUAAUAUCAGGAAUGAUAAAUACUAAUGCUUCAGGAAUAAAUGCUUCAAGAUAUGGAGCUAUGAAUACUAAUGUGAUAUCCAUUACAGUGGUAUUAGCUGAUGGAACUAUUAUAAAGACAAAACAAAGACCAAGAAAAUCUAGUGCAGGAUAUAAUUUAACUCAAUUAUUUAUUGGUAGUGAAGGUACUUUAGGGAUAGUUACUGAAGCUACUAUUAAAUUACAUGUAUUACCAAAAUAUGAAACUGUUGUGAUAUGUCAAUUUCCUACUAUUUUAGAUAGUACUAACACUGUUGCUGAUAUUUUCAAACUAGGGAUUCAACCUAAUGCUAUUGAAUUUUUAGAUAGUGAUAUGAUGAAAUGUUUAAAAUAUAGUGGAUAUUGUGAUUCAAGUUGGGAUGAAAAACCAACUAUAUUUUUUAAAAUUGGAGGAUUAAAUAAAAUAGUGGUUGAUGAAUAUAUUAAACAAAUUAAACAAAUUUCAUAUCAUAAUAAUGUUGAAUUAUUUAAAUUUGCUAAAAAUAAAGAAGAAGGUGAAUCAUUAUUUUCAGCUCGUAAGAAUGCAUUUUAUGCCAUGAUUGAAUAUGGUAGAAGUGAAAUUGAUGAAGAUAUGAGAAUUUGGGUUACCGAUAUUGCGGUACCAUUAUCAAGAUUAUCACCUGUUUUAAAUGAAAUUCAUCAAUUAAUUAAAUCAAGUGGAUUUGAAUCAAUUAUAUUAGCUCAUGCUGGAGAUGGGAAUUUUCAUGCUGAUUUAUAUUAUAAACCAGAAGAUAAAAAGAAGUGUGAACAAGUGAUUAAACAAAUGGUUCAAAUUGGAUUAGAUAAUGAAGGUACAUGUACAGGAGAACAUGGAGUUGGGAAUGCUAAACGGAAUUAUCUUGCUAUUGAAUUAGGUGAAGAUACUAUAAGUUUAAUGAGGAAAUUAAAAUUAGCCUUAGAUCCUAAACGAAUUUUAAAUCCUGAUAAGAUUUUUAGAAUUGAUCCUGAAGAUAAAGGUGAAUAUUAGAUUAUAGUUGUUGAAUAUGGAAGUUUUAUUUUAUAGACGAAUAAUAAAAUUAAAGUUAAUAGAUUUUAAUAAUCAGACUGUGAAAAGUAAGUAGCAAAAGAAAAAAAUGGGGAGGAGGAAGAUUGAUAAGUUAAAGUUUUGCAACCCAACCCAAACAUAAUAAUAAUAUUCUAUUAUAUGAUAUCUUAUCGUAAAUAAGCUAUUGGUAUUAAUUACAGACAGUAAGUAUAUUACAAAUUUUUCAUUUCCCCACAAAAACUGAGAUAAGAGGGGAAAUAAAAACUCCUUUUUUUUUCACUGUCUGUCUGUCUGAUUUAAAAAAUUUAAAAUUUGAGUUUAAAAAAAAAUAUUUUUCUCG